GGAGUUUGUGUGCUGUUGUCUCCCUGGAUAAGACUGGCCGUAUAGUAGUGGAGUCACCCUUGUUGCCCUCGGUGGACCCUCUUGUUGUUACUUCUUUAUCACACGCCCUGGCCCUACUUGAUCGGCAACUGCCCUUCCUUGCUAACGUUGAAUCUUCGGACCAUAAGGCCGAGGUCAACGGCUGGCACCGAGUUGCAUGGCCCUACGGUUUCGCCUCGCCUCCUGAGAGUGAGCUGUUACCAACAGAGCCCACCGACGUUUACCGCACUGUACAGCAGACUAGAGAUGCCUGCGAUUUCCGCGCGGCCUAUGCUGUUGCUGAGGUCCCUGGGGUAUUCCUCACGAUGCUCUAUUCGUUCCCUCCACUCAACGACGACCCGCCCUCGGUGGGGUUCAUCGGUAUGACUGUGAAUCCCCGCCUGAUCAACGUGGGCUCGGCCGACCACGACCGGGAUGUUUUCACAGCAGCCAGCCAGACUAUAUAUUCAGCAGGGCGAUACCAUAAGGGCUACGCGAGGCCACUGCGUAUUCUGGCAUCGGUUGGGUCGACUCUACGGAAACUGUUGCCCCCGGAUGAGUUCUCAUUGGAGCUUUCCUGGCCCCCAGUGAAGAGACCAGAUACUGGUGAUGGCGAAGGCAACGUGUAUGGGCAUAUGUUUGUGUGGAGGAGGAACGACAAGGUCAUCGGGGGCCAGCCUCUCGUGGAGCAGGAGUCGUCACCGGAAGUAGAGGACUCUGCUGAUGAUGAUGAUGAUGACGAGAGUCUGCUGUCCUCGGGAGGAACUCCAGAGACUGUUGAGGAAGGCCAACAGUUGGAGCCGCCCAACUUAGCUUGUGUGGCAGAACCAACAGUACACGUAUUUAUCAGUGACGAUGAGGAG